AUUAGCAGGAAGGCAGUGAAAUAAAUGUGAUUGAUCUUGACGCAGCAGAAGCAGAUUGAAAGGGAGUCCCAGUGGUGUGUGAACUCGCUGGCCCAGGACUUGUUCUCACUGCUGUCUCACCUGAGCUCAGUCUCCGCCCUCUUUCCCCACUCUGACCACCUCCUCCUCUCCUGAUUGGCUGGCGUGCUCAGGGCGGGGGUAUAUAAGCCCUGGUGGUGGGGCUAGGAGUCAGUCUUUCUCUGCAGCCAUGGUGUGUAGACUGAGAGUAGAGCAGCUGCUGAUAUUGGGCCUCUUUGUUGGCUUAGUGUUUGCCCAGAGAUGGGAUAGAAAGCCCCUCUUUGAGGCUGAGGGGGUUGAGUCUGACCUGGGUAGUCUCCCCAGGGGAGGUUACUAUAGAAAUCAGCUCAGAGGUGAGGAUGCUGAGGGGGACUUGGAGAGGGGCCUGACUGGAACAGCAGAGUCCCUGUCUGAGACAGGAAGGCUUUCUGGCUUGGAGGAGAGGUUGGGUGUUGGAGCUGGGCUGGGUCAGGAGGACACAGCUGCCCACAAGGAUGGAGCUAAGGAAGAGGUGGUUAAUCCCCUGGGUGCUGGAAAUGCCCAGUUGGGUGGCUCUGUGGCUCAGGGUGCUGGAGCUCGGGAUGGUCCCAGCGGAGGUGCUGUGGGGGCUGGUCUGCACGACCGAGAGCCACAACAGCAGCAGCCCCAGGCCAGGCAGAGCUCCAGCAUCCGGCCCCUGGUCUCCUGUGGCAAGAAGGGCCUGAUGAUCCGCUUCUCUGUGAGGAGGUACAGCGCCAUCUACCUGCUGAGAGGUGAGGGUGCCUUCCGGGGUCCUGCCCCUGCGGCCGGUGCCCUCAGGGAUGGGUAGCGCUAGUCUGUAUAG